AUGGAUUCCGAUACCGUCCUACAGCUCCUUCUGCUGCAGGCGUGGUUGAUCCUGGAGAACACUCCCCUCAACCGCAAGAAUGCCUACUUCGACAUAAUUUUAGGCAGCCAGGACGUCCUGGAAGCAACCGCCAUUGCUGCCUGUCUUCAAUUCGCUCCUGGUCUGUUGGACGUCGUCCAAUCUGCCACGCCGCCUACCAUUGAGUUCUUCAAGAAUCUGCCAACUGUUUCCUCGUCCCGGUGGGCCGUUUACGUACUAGUCAUGGAAAAACUUGGCAGUCGUCCUCGUGUCUACUUUGGAUCUGGCACCAAUUCUGACGGUGGUGUCAACGCUCGAUUCGCACAAUACGACAGAGGCGACCGCAUUCCCCAGUUCGUUCAAGAGGCCCUUGAUGAAGGUUUCACGAUCACUCACAAGGGGCUGAUCUGCUGGAUUCCAUUUCCAUCUGCCAGUUCAGUGCCAGUUCGUCGCCUCUUGUUCUACCUGUUUGAAGCCACUUUCGCCUAUAUUUUCUGGGCCAUGCACACACUUGCCAAGGAUACUGCCAGAACUGAUUUCUGCUUGUGGGAAACUACGACACUCGACUAUGAUGGACUAUGUUCUCACUCCGCCCUUGCGGACGCAAUCAGCGCCGACUUCAACCUGUCAGAAGAGCAACUCGACGCCCAAGACGCAAUCAGAAAAGAGAAAAGGUACCAGAAUGGUAUUGGCUGGUACCAUAAGCAGCUGGCUACCAACUACGACGAAUUCCGUGCCAAAACAGCUGCCGCAAACGCCAGAUCCCGGGCCAAAUCACCAGAACGUCGUAAACAGAAUCUGGCAGCCAAAACGGCAGAAUUCCUAGAAAAUGACACUUUCCACUGCGAAGCGUGCCAUCGCUCCUUCACAAGCAAGGUCGGCCUCGAUGAGCACCUGGCAUCUGGCAGACACAAACGGGUGGUGGAGGGUAAUUUUUAUUACUUCUGCGACCUCUGCGGCGUCCCGGUUUCUCAGGCGAAACUUAUCGGUCGUCACAACGAGUCAAAGACGCACAUCGCCAAUCUGGCCAAGCAGAAGACUGGCAGCCCCGCGAAGAAAACUGGCAGCCCCACGACGAGGACUGACAGCCCCGCGAAGAAAACUGGCAGCCCCACGACGAGGACUGGCAGCCUCGCGAAGAAAAGUCUGGCAGCAGGCACCACCCAGAAGAGGACUGACAGGCCUCUGACGGGCUUUCCCCCGGCGAAAAGAAACCAGACAUCCAUCAAGGACUUUUUUGCGGCCGGCAACAAGGAAAAUCUGGCACCCAUCCAUCACCUGCUAACCAGUCCGCGCCGUAUUCAGUACAAUCCGGAGACGUAUAGCACAGACUUUGAUACUGCCGACCGCCUGUACUUCGACGAGCUGUCUUACGAGAGAGUCCUUGAUAUCUACGAGCUUGAGAAUUCCAGCGGUGUCGUCGUCUCCGUCGGUGGCCAGCUACCCCAGAACAUCGCGCUUCGCCUCCAAGAAACCGGACAUGCCAACGUUCUCGGCACGGACCCCAAAUCCAUUGACCGAGCUGAAGACCGUCAGAAGUUCUCCGCUAUCUUGGACAGCAUCGGCCUUGACCAACCUGCAUGGAAAGAGUUGACCUCUGUUCAGGAGGCCGAGGAGUUCGCGCAGCAAGUCAGCUAUCCUGUGCUCGUCAGACCCUCGUACGUCUUGUCUGGAGCCGCUAUGACUGUCAUCCGCAGCAAGGACGAGUUAAAGGACAAGUUGGAGGCCGCCAGCAACGUGUCGCCUGAUCACCCUGUAGUCAUUUCGAAAUUUAUUUCGGGUGCCCAAGAAAUCGACGUCGACGCGGUCGCCUCCAAGGGCAAAUUGAUUGUUCAUUCCGUCUCCGAGCAUGUCGAGCAGGCUGGUGUUCACUCAGGCGAUGCUACUCUCGUCCUGCCUCCACACUCUCUUGACGACAAGAUCAUGGGCCGGGUCAAGGAAAUUGCCGAGAAGGUUGCCAAAGCUUGGAACAUCACUGGACCAUUCAAUAUGCAAAUCAUCAAGGCCAAAGACCCUGAAGGUGGCGAGGAUCAGCUCAAGAUAAUUGAGUGCAAUCUGCGUGCCUCUCGAUCCUUCCCCUUCGUCAGCAAAGUCCUCGGAACGAACUUUAUUGAUGUUGCUACCAAGGCGCUCGUCGGUGAGCAGGUACCCGAGCCCACGGAUCUGAUGGCUGUCAAGCGCGAUUACCUUGCCACCAAGGUCCCACAAUUCUCCUGGACCAGGCUUGCUGGCGCCGACCCCUUCCUCGGCGUCGAGAUGGCCUCGACGGGUGAAAUGGCUUGCUUUGGUAAGGACCUGGUUGAAGCCUAUUGGACGUCUAUGCAAUCAUCCAUGAACUUCCGCAUGCCCGAGCCGGGUGAGGGUCUUCUCUUCGGCGGCGAGCUGAAGAAGGAAUGGCUCACCAAGAUUGUUGACUACCUGUCUCCUCUCGGUUACAAGUUGUUUGCCGCGGACAACGAGGUGAAACAAUUCAUUGAGUCCACAGCCGGGAACAAAGUGAGCGUGGAAGUGAUCGAGUUCCCCAAGGAAGACAAGAGGGCCCUCCGUGAGGUGUUCAAGAAGUACGACAUCCGCGGUGUGUUCAACCUUGCACAGGCCCGGGGCAAGACGGUGAUGGACGUGGACUACGUCAUGCGAAGGAAUGCUGUCGACUUUGGUGUACCUUUGUUCAUGGAGCCCCAAACUGCAAUCCUGUUCGCCCAGUGCAUGAGUGAGAAGCUGCCCAGGCCGGAGGGCAUUCCAUCUGAGGUUCGUCGGUGGUCUGAGUUCCUAAAAGGCAAGCCUUUGUAG